UCCCGGGUCACAGGAGUCCCUAUCGGGCUGGCGUUUCCUCCCCCUCCCCGAGCCCUUCCUGCCACCCGCCCGAGCAGGCCCUCCCUGGAGUUGGAAGAGCGAAGGACGGAGUCACCGUGGCAGCAGCUCUGUGCCUUCGGAGGUCUUUGCGCUGGCCCGCCCCCAUGCCUCUCCUCCUGUUGCUGCUGUUGCUGCCGAGCCCUUCCCGCCCCCAGUCCGUCUGCGAGGUCUCCCAGGUGACCAGCCAGGUGGAAGUGAACUGUGACAACCGGGGGCUCAAGGCGCCGCCUCCCGACCUGCCGGCCGACACGGCCAUCCUCCGCCUGGGCGAGAACCCCCUGGGCACCUUCUCCACGGCCUCCCUGCUGCCUCUGACGCGGCUCGCCCAGCUGCACCUGAGCCACAGCCAGCUGACCCACCUGCAGAUGGACGGGACGCUGCCCGCGCUGGAGACCCUGGACGUCUCCCACAACAAGCUGCGAAGCCUGCCCCCGCUGGGACGGGCCCUGCCGGCGCUCAACACCCUCGACGCAUCCUUCAACGAGCUGACCUCGCUGUCCCACAGUGCCCUGGACGGCCUGAGCCAACUCCACGAGCUCUACCUGCGCGGCAACAAGCUGAAGACGCUGCCGCCCGGGCUCCUGGCGCCCACCCCUCAGCUGAGGAAGCUCAGCCUGGCCGACAACAAGUUGAACGAGCUGCCCCCCGGGCUCCUGGAAGGACUGGAGGAGCUCGACACCCUGUACCUCCAGGGGAACUGGCUGCGGACCAUCCCGAAGAACUUCUUUGGGGACCUCCUCCUGCCCUUCGCCUUCCUGCACGGCAACCCCUGGUCCUGCGACUGCGAGAUCCUCUACUUCACUCGCUGGCUGCAGGACAACCCCAAUAACGUCUACUUGUGGAAGGAGGGAGUAGACGUCAAGGCCAUGACCCCCAACGUGGAAAGCGUGCGAUGCGUCAACUUGGCCAACACACCCGUCUACACCUACCCGGGGAAGGGCUACCCCACCCUCGGGGAUGCGGACAUAGGCUACGACGAGUAUGAGGACGAGGACCCCUUCGCCACGGCUGCAGCCGCGCUCUCCACCAACGCCAGAGCCCGCACAACCCACCGGCCCACAUUCUACCCAACGUCUGCUGAUUAUCCACACAGCCAGAUGCCCUAUCUGUCUUCUACCCAAGAGUCCACUGAGAGUCAGAAUACCUCCGUGACCACCCCGGAACCCACGACGCCCCCCCCCACCGCGGAGCCCCCCACGCCCCCCACCAUGACGCCCCCCACCACCACGACCUCCCCCACCCCGGAGCCCCCCACGCCCCCCACCAUGACGCCCCCCACCACCACGCCCCCCCCCACCCCGGAGCCCCCCACGCCCCCCACCAUGACGCCCCCCACCACCACCCUCUUCCUGUGGGUGCGGGCUAACGGCCGCGUGGGGCCUCUGGUGGCAGGACGGCGGCCCUCAGCCCUGAGUCUGGGUCGUGGUCAGGACCUGCUGGGCACGGAGCGCUGCCCCGUCCAGCCCAAGUACCGCUAG